AGUUGAUUGAUUUUCCGUCGCACUUGGAAGUAUCCAACUGAUUCAUCUUGGCCGUGAGGGGGUCAAGAGUACAAUCGAAGAGAUCCUCUGCGGCACAUCUGCACCCAUUCGCCAUGGCCGAGAGCAGCCAACAAGAGCCAGCCGCUGCCGCCCCUGCUCAAGGUACUCUGGGCACUCUGUUCCUUGUGGGCAGAAAGACAGGGUUGAACGUGCAAGGAUUCCCCAUCGACUCGCAGAGGGUUACUAUUGGACGUGACUAUGACUGCGAUAUUCGUCUGUACUUUUCUGAUGUCUCAAAAUUCCAUGCGGAGAUCACUUUCGAUCUGCUCACGGGUCAGGCCUCGCUGCACGUCCACGGCGGCAAUGGGGUCCAUUUCGCCCACGAUGGCGAUGACCUCACAGUGCUCAAACCUCCAUCCGUGGUGCCUCUGUCUAAUGGCGACACGUUGAUCAUUCGAAAGAAGAUGUUCAAGUUUGAGUACCCUUCCAUCGACUCGGUAGAAUCAGUCGCUCCUGACUCGCCCCUCAAGACCGCCAUCCCCUUCCCUUCUCCCGCCAAACCCGUUCGAAGACGAGCUUCUCAUCGUUUAUCCCUCGUUCCCGCCGGGCGAGAAUUUGUACCUCAUUCCCCGGCCAAGGCGACUCGUCGUAACACACUCGGAGCCGCGGUCAACAAGGGAGGAUCUCAACCUUUCCCAACGAUGGAAAGUACGACACCGGUCGCAGAAGAGGAUGAACCGGAGGAAGUGGUGGAUGUCGUAGAUGGGGAUGAGGGAGACAAAGUCUACCUCGAAGCAGCCCCAGCUGCCAUCACUCAGCCUGCAGAGAAUGUCCCUGGCAACCCGUUCAUGACAAUGCAGACCGAAGCCAAAUCAAUCCUGCAAGCUCCCUCUAUGCCAAAAGCUCGCAAAUCCAUCUCCUUUGGUGUCUCUCAGGCGCCCAAGCCAGAUCCCCAAUUAACGCCUGUCCGACCGCCUGGUCCCACUCGAUCAGUAUCUGCGCCUUCACUUGCUAUACCCGAGGUGACCCCUCAGCUUGUACGACUCACCCCUAAGGGAUCGCCUUCGUUGAGAAAGUCGCUCCUCGUGCGCUCCGCUCGAAAAGCAUGGGAGCAGACUCGAUCUCCAGGCGUUCAAGGCGCAGUGGACAAGGGUUUGGUGGCGACUAGACGGAAGAGCAGUGGCCUGAGCCCCAAGAAGGUCUCGCCUACCAAAGAGGCCAAGGCUGUGGUGGCCAGAGAGCCCGUCUCUCUCGAGCAAGAGAUGAAAACGCAGGAAGCCCCACGAGUCCCGUUGCAGGAGAUCCAGUGGAUUGCCGAGGAUGGAGUCUCAAACAUUUCAAUCUCAGACUCUGAUUCGGACAAGGACAGCCUCGAAGCGGACGUCUCGCUGGAUAUUCCUGGUCAGUCAGUCUUCUCAUUGAAUCCCAAAGCUCUGUCCGACGAGGCUUUGGAAGGCAGCGAAGCUGCUGAAGAGGAUCAGCCCGUACUCUCUCAAAAUGUACAGAUGGAUGGAGUGGAAGAGGAUGAAAGUGAAGAUGACAAUGAUGACGAUGAUGAUGAGAACGACGACGAGGCUGAAGAGGAAGACGACGUUGACGCCGAGGAGGAAGUCGAAGAGCAAGUGGAGCAAAUCAACGAAUCCUUCGAGGAAGAAGAGGAGCCCGUUGAGAACUCUUACCGUAUCAUCGAGACCGAGCUCAGUCCAAAUGAUCACUGCGACCAAGAUGUUGAUGACAGCGUGCCGGAUUCCAACUUCGCUUUGCCCGGAACUCCAGCAGCUGUGAGUAGGAUGAGACUUAUUCCACUUCAACUAACGUGGCGGCAGCGCCAAGCAAUGAGCCAGUUCUAUACCCCUCAGCCCCGACGAGGGCUAGGUACCCCUCACAGGCCACUAGCGACGAUCGGUGGACCAGCGACACGUCGCACGGUGAGCGGGUCCGGAAACCCCAGAGCGGUCCCUGGCUCUUUGGGCAGACCGCAGAGGAUGGUAUCUGGUGGUCAAGCGCCGCAACUCAUGUCGACGCCAGUGCAGAGUGUCGCGGUGAAACCGCUUGCUUCUGAGGUGAGGCGCUCACAUGGCCGACAUUCUCCGCUGACGAUGAAACCACACAGCGCCGCUACCGACAAUCCAUGGCGACUCCACGUCCUCUACCUCCUCCUCCACCCAGCUUCAAAGCUCCCGUCAGAGAACCGAUUUCUCUCACCAAGCUCGCCGCACAUACUCAUCCUGCCCUCGAAGUUUCGAAAGAGUAUAUCGAGGAUGGCACUGCACCCCGUACUCCCAUUGGGGACCUCCGUCGUCGACUCGGACUCUCAACCCAUGUCUACUCCUGCUCCUCGGACAACGUUGACAAGUACCUUGAGUUUGACGACUAUCAAGCCUCGUCCAGGCUCUUCUGCCAUUCAGUUCGGCCUACCUCGUACGCCCGCGGUGGCUCCUCAGCCCGGAUCAACUGCUUCUUCGAGAGCUUCAGCGGCUUCACGAGCGGGACUAGCUCAACGAUCCGCCAGGCCAGUGUCAAAGAAGAAGGAAGAUGCGAGUCCCGUAGUGGCUGUUGGGGAGUUCGGCAAUGACUCGGGCGAUGUGGAAGAUGUGAAUGAAGCACCUCGAAGUCGCUCAUCCUCCCCUUCGAUCCCUCCCAGCCUGUCGUUCACUGGACUUCGAGAGAUGCUGAAACCACUGUCAUCGCCCAAAACACCUUCCUUCAUCGGAAUGAGAGAUCUUUUUGGACCAGUUGUCGCUACGAAUCAAGCCACGCCCACGUACACAGGGAUGAAGCAAAUGAUGGAGCUCCCAAAGGUGGCUGCGACACCGAGCUUCACUGGUGUGAGGAAAAUGCUUACGACUCCAUUGGAGCCUCCUACACCGAAGUAUGAGGGACUUGGAGCCAUGCUCGAAAUCGAUGAAGAUGGAUAUGAUGCGUUCGAAGGCGAGGAAAGUGCGAAUGAGAGUUAUGAGGCUCCUCCACCGACACGAGGCGCAGCUGCGACGAGAGGGCGGAAGCCCGCCGCCCGUGCUACGCGCGCAGCAAAGGCUACAGGCACGAACAAAGCCGUUGGACCGUCUAAAGGUCGCCAAGGCCCUUCGUCUAAAGCGGCGGUUGAGGAUGAUGGUAAUGGUGCCCCACCAUCACCUGCGAAAUCGACUCGCUCGACAAAGUCGAAAUCCAGUGCAAAGUCCAAGGCGAGCGGUCCGUCUUCAAAAUCCGGCAAGAGCACGGCUGCAAAACGUACCGUUCAAGCCGACAGCCGAUCGACAGUGGAGAUCAUCAGAUCGUCCCCAACACGGCCAGAAACCGAACCUGUUGCCGAUCUGACUUCCCCGACUAAACCGAAGGCCAAAUCUGCCAAAUCACGCACCGCUCAACCUCUAAAGGAUCUAGACGAUCAGACGACGGAUGUGCCUGUCAAACCGACAAAGGGGACAAAAUCAAAGACUGCUACGGCUGCCGCACCGAAGAAAGCGGCCAAGGGUAAAUCCGUCAGGAUAGAAGUGGAAGAAGAGGAUAAGGAGAACGGAGGGGCUGACGAGACUGCAGCGGCUCAAAAAUCUCAAAAGGCGACAAUGAAGAAGGCUAGGCAGUCGACCGUGGCUAGCAGGACAAGGAGUAGAGUGUAAGGUGGCGUCAGCGGGCAUGGGGAUGUGACCCAGCCAGGUAUCUUUUCAUCUUUCUUGUACGAAUCUUAAUGAGUGGUAUGCUCGAUGUCUGAUGCUAUAUACGAGUGCUUGAGUUGA